UUAGGUAUUCUUUUUAUCGCUCAAGUGUGGCUGCCAUAUAAGAAUAUCAAAUAAAAUUACUUAUCACUCUUUGAACAAUACAAUAAUCUAUUACUUAUUCAAAAAGUAAAAUUUUUACAUCAAAAAAAAAUCGUUGGUAAAAUGUCGUACAAAAAAAUUGGCGAGUUGUAUUUAGCAUUGGCUGAACUGGAAGAUAACACGGGUUUGUUCACAUUUGAACGCAAUGCCAAAGCAAUUGAUGCAUUGAAAAAGCAAAUUAAAUCGGAAAUUACAUCCUUGCAAACCAAAACCAAGUGUGCGAGUGAUUCACAGGUGUUUGUCAAAACAUUGACUGGGGAAAAUUUGACAAUCAAAUGCUGUAAUGGGAUAGGAAUUGGUCUUGAAAUGGAAUCCGUACUGUCCGAUACAAUCGAAAUUCUGAAACAAAAAUUUUUCGAAAAAGAGGGUGCUCCAGUCGAUGAUCAACGUUUAGUUUAUGAGGGAAGGCAACUCGAAGAUGGCACAACUUUGAAUGACUACGGUAUUCAAAACGAUAGCACCAUAUAUUUGAUUAAUCGCCUCCGUGGUUGUUAAAUUUUCGUCAAUUACAACAUUCAUUGAAAUCGUAUUGUUUGAUAAUUGAAACAUAAAUAAACUCCCAAAUCAAAUUUUUUCAAAAGAUA